CUUUUUUAUUCCCAAAGAUCAGCCAUGGCGCCGGGAAAACCCAGUAGCAAGAGGCUCGCAGACCUGGAGGAGCGGCCGGUGAAGGAUUACGAUCCCGAAGGCGAUGCCUCUCAAGCCACCCAUCUAAACGCCAGCGAGAGCGGCGAGAGCGAGGAUGAGUUUGCGGGAACAGAACAUUACAUCUCGGUCGGGACGAGCAAGCUCCGCCACAAGGACGAGGAGGCCCUAGGGCCGCAGUACCGCGGGACUCGGGUGAGCCGCGCCGCGCUCGAGGAGAGCGACGGCGAAGAGGAGGAUGACGAGGCUUCGGAUGACGACGACGACGACGGCGAAGAAGGCGAAUCCGGGUCCGAGCACUUCGACGACCCGGACGAGGCGGAUCUGGAGGCCGACCAGGACCCCGAGGGUGAGGACGCCGAGAUCGAGAGCGAUAAUGCUCUCGGCGAGAGCGAUGCCGAGCGGUUCAAGGACUUUGUGUUUAGGGGGAGCUCGCAGCCGCGAGCCGUGAACGGGAAGCGCUCGACGAGGAAGACGGCCGCCGAUUUCUUUCCGUCGUCGGAUGGGGAGGGCGAGGAUGGCCGGCCGUCUGGGGAUGGCGCCUCAGUGUCUUCUGAUGAUGAGGGCCCCGAGGUGUAUCGGAAUGGCGCGCGUCUCUCUGAUGAGGGUGAGGGUGAGGACAGUGAAGGCGAGAGCGUGGAUGACGACGACGACGAGGAUGACGAUCAGGAGGACGGAUCGGAGGAUGAUGCCAGUGAGGACAAUGGUGAUGGGGAUUCUGACGAUGAGAGAGCCGAGCUGCGCAAGAUCAUGAGCGAAGGCCAGAAGAGCAUCCUGACGACCAUGUCAAAGGCUGCGAAGGCGGACGCUGAGAAAGGCGCUGCGGUUCGUGAGCAGCGCCGUGCGUUUGACUCGCUCCUGAACAUCCGCAUCCGUCUGCAAAAGGCCCUCGUGGCCGCGAACUCGUUCAAUGUGGUCGACGAGGAGGAGCUCGCCGAUGGGAAGGAACCAUAUGAAGCCGCUGAGGAAGCGGCCAUCAAGCUAUGGAGCUCCAUCGACGGUUUCCGGCGGACCUUGCUGCCAGAAUCGGCCAAGGCGAAGGUUGGCCAGAAGCGGAAGCGAGACGUCGAUGUCGAGUCGGCAGACCAGACUAUCUGGGAGUGCAUGGAAGAAACGGAGGAGCUUGCCCUCGCACAUCGACGGAAGGUCUUGGACAAGUGGUCAGCCAAGGUGCGAAGCACCAUCGCUACCGCAACCACCAGAAGGCUCGGCCCGGCAGCAUCACAGUCCCUAGUCUCUAUCCUCGACGAUCAGCUCCUCAGCACGGACCGGCUAGUCAAGCGCACGCGGACCCCCCGCUCGUGCGCACCCGCCCAGGCGGCGAAGAAGGUCGCCGAGGACGCCGCGAUCUACGACGACGCAGACUUCUACCAGCUGCUGCUCAAGGAGCUCGUCGACCAGCGGACCAUGGACUCGGCGUCCGGCGGGGGCGGCGGGCCUACGGUCCGGUGGGCGGCGCUCAAGGAGGCCAAGACGAGGAAGCAGGUCGACAGGAAGGCCAGCAAGGGCCGGAAGCUGCGCCACACCGUCCACGAGAAGCUGCAGAACUUCACGGCCGCCGAGGAUCGCAGGAGCUGGGAGCAGGAUGCCAUUGAUCGCUUCUUCGGCACGCUGUUUGGCCAGAAGAUGGAGCUUAAGGAGGGCGAGGAGUCGGAUGAGGAGAUGGGUGGCGCGGGCGCCCAGGAUGAGAGCCUGAGGCUGUUUGGAAGCUGAGCGGGUUGACGAGACGCUCCCCCAGCUCGGUGUUGGUGUAUAUAUACAUGGCUCCUAGGAUAUAUACUUAACUAUCUAUAUAUUCAUAUUUGCCGCCCUUAAAAUGCCAGGGUCAUGCGCUCCGCAGCCCAACCAAGCCGGUCCCCAUAAGAGCAACGAAACACACAACAUGC